CGAUAGAAUUGGUAUUUAUAGAGCGGGGUUUCGCCGUUUGCGCCGGUGUAAUCUUCCCGAGAUCAUCGCGACGCCGGAAUUUCAAUGCUCGUCGAAGUCGACGCUCGAGCGUCGAGGCGAGUCCUCGGGAGCCGUAGAUUUCGCACGAUUUAAUGAAUAAUGUGACAGAAGGGGAAGAAGAUCUGCCUGAAGACGCUUUCUCGCUGUUGUCGGUGCUUCUAGUUGGUCUCCUCUUCCUGAUAUUGAUAUUUUUAUCCGUCGCGGGCAACAUCCUCGUCUGCGUGGCGAUUUACACGGACCGCGGGCUACGGAGGAUAGGGAACCUGUUCCUGGCCUCCCUCGCGAUCGCCGAUCUCUUCGUCGGCUGCCUGGUGAUGACCUUCGCCGGGGUCAAUGAUCUGCUCGGCUACUGGAUGUUCGGCCCGCGGUUCUGCGACACUUGGAUCGCGUUCGACGUCAUGUGCAGCACUGCCUCCAUUUUGAAUCUAUGCGCGAUAUCCCUCGACCGUUACAUUCAUAUCAAGGACCCUCUCAGAUACGGUCGCUGGGUGACGAGGCGAGUGGCGGUCGCCGGGAUCGUGAUCGUGUGGCUGCUCGCGGCGCUCAUAUCCUUUGUACCGAUUAGCCUAGGCCUUCACCGGGCAGACGAAGAAACACCCAUAGUUAACGAGGACGGCCAAGAGGAACACCCUAUGUGCGCCUUAGACCUCACACCCACCUAUGCGGUCGUCUCCUCUUCCAUAUCUUUUUACGUGCCCUGCAUCGUGAUGCUGGGAAUUUAUUGCAGGCUCUAUUGUUACGCGCAGAAACACGUCAAGAGCAUCCGGGCGGUGACGAAGCUGCCGGACACAUCAAUGGCCAAGAGCUUUCGCGGGAAAAGCGCUCGCAACAAGCCGCCGAAGCCGCAGACGAAAACGAAGCCGACGAGCCCUUACCACGUGUCCGAUCACAAGGCCGCCAUCACCGUGGGCGUCAUCAUGGGCGUAUUCUUGAUAUGCUGGGUACCCUUUUUCUGCGUCAACAUCGUCGCCGCGUAUUGCAAGACCUGCAUAUCAGUCCGGGCGUUCCAAGUACUCACUUGGCUCGGCUACAGCAACUCGGCCUUCAACCCGAUCAUCUACAGCAUAUUCAAUACAGAGUUUCGGGAAGCUUUCAAGAGGAUCCUGACGAAGGGUACACGGGCCCGGGGGAACCAGCCGUCGACCAGCGAGUGCGGCGAGUUCCGAUCCGUGGUGGUGCAGAAACGGAACGGGUCCAUGAUCGAGUGCAACAUCAGUCCGAGAUCGAGCGCGGACAGUUGUCAGGUCGGGAUCAUGGCGCAGAGGCAUCGCGACACCAUCGUCAGCGCGAUAUAAUUACGGCUUGACUUUCUCUUCCGGAUCAACGGAUCUUCCUAUCGGACGCUGGUCGCGCUCCUUCGACGACGGAACGCACACAUACUCGUACUCGUACUCAUACACACACACGACAGUCAAACACGAUGAACAGACAUAUCCUGCAUUGCGAGUUGGCGUUUGGGAAGGAUCGGAAUCUGGAUGGAUGCGCUCUUGGAGUUUCUAGAAAAGAAUUUCGACAAGUUCAGUUCACUGGUCAGUAGCGGUCACCUUUCGGCUACUGUCCGCCACUACAGUGGCUACCGUGGGCAUCGUGUUCCCAAACGGUACGCCACUGAAUUGGCUCGCUCUGUUUACAGACACGUUCAACGUAUCGCCCGACUGCCCUCGUGCUUUUCGUUUCACAUUUGUUUCGCGUAAACAUUUCCCUAAUAUUUCUAAUAGUAAGAAGCGUCUUGUACGGUUUCACGCGGUCCACGUUGAAGCUUACAGAGAUAGUGUUGCGGAGAAUCCCGCAGUGGCUGAAAGGUUAACACGUUGAAUGCCAUGGGGUCACCGGUAACCCUCAACCAAAUCGAUGAUCAUUUGGAGACAUUUCUAUAUUACAAAUAAUGCUACCUAAUACGGUAACAUUC